GAGCAGAGCGCUGGCAGGAGACGAGUCCGCUCUGCUUCCCGCCCCCUCGGGCCGGGCCGGGCAGCACGGGAAGGCUCGUGGCUGUGCCCCGCCGCCCCCCCCAGGGCUGCAUUCUUCCGGGGGUCCCAAGACCUCAGCUUGAGAACGGACGGUCCAGAGCUGCUGCUCCUGCACAUUGUCGCCCCCAGCGUGGGCGGGGUCGGAAAACUGAGUCCUGGUGACGCGGGAGUGUGGGGUUCUUGUCUCAGAGCCGACCAAGGAGUCUGGCAGACAAAGGAGAAUCCUUCUGACCCAUCCCUUCUGCCAUGAAGAUUGCAGUGAUUGGGCAGAGCCUGUUCGGCCAGGAAGUUUACUGCCACCUGAGGAAAGAGGGCCAUGAGGUCGUGGGUGUGUUCACUGUUCCAGACAAGGAUGGAAAGGCAGAUCCCCUGGGCCUGGAAGCCGAGAAGGAUGGAGUGCCGGUGUUCAAGUUCCCCCGCUGGCGGGUGAAAGGACAGGCUCUGCCUGAGGUGGUGGCGAAAUACCAGGCUUUGGGUGCAGAGCUCAACGUCCUGCCCUUCUGCAGCCAGUUCAUCCCCAUGGAGGUCAUCAGAGCCCCCAGCCACGGCUCCAUCAUCUACCACCCAAGUCUGCUCCCCCGGCACCGAGGGGCCUCGGCCAUCAACUGGACCCUCAUUCACGGAGACAAGAAAGGGGGCUUUACCAUCUUCUGGGCAGAUGAUGGUCUGGACACGGGAGACCUCCUGCUCCAGAAGGAGUGUGAGAUCCUCCCGGACGACACUGUGAGCACCCUGUACAACCGCUUCCUCUUCCCUGAAGGCAUCAAAGGGAUGGUGCAGGCCGUGAGACUGAUCGCUGAGGGCAAAGCCCCCAGACUCCCUCAGCCUGAGGAAGGAGCCACGUACGAGGGCAUUCAGAAGAAAGAAACAGCCAAGAUCAACUGGGAUCAGUCAGCAGAGGCCAUUCAUAACUGGAUCCGAGGGAACGACAAGGUGCCGGGUGCCUGGACAGAGGCCUGUGGGCAGAAGCUGACUUUCUUCAACUCAACGCUAAACACUGCAGGCUUGCUGCCUGAGGGAGAAGAUUUGCCCAUCCCAGGAGCCCAUCGGCCGGGUGUCGUCACCAAAGUGGGACUCAUCCUUUUCGGGAAUGAUGACAGAAUGCUGCUGGUGAAGAACAUCCAGCUGGAGGAUGGCAAGAUGAUCCCAGCCUCCCACUUCUUCACGGGAGCAGAGAGCAGUGCCCUUGAGCUGUCAGAGGAAGAACUGGUCAUGGCAGAGGCUGUGAGGAGUGCCUGGAAACGGAUUCUUCCUAGUGUCCUGGAGGUGGAGGAGUCCACUGAUUUCUUCAAGUCAGGGGCUGCAUCAGUGGAUGUUGUGAGACUGGUUGAGGAAGUAAAAGAGCUGUGUGAUGGACUGGAAUUAGAAAAUGAAGAUGUUUACAUGGCAACCACCUUUGGAGACUUCAUCCAACUACUAGUGAGAAAGCUACGAGGGGGCGACGAAGCCAGCGAGUGCAUCAUUGACUAUGUGGAAAAGGCAGUGAACAAACUGACCCUCCAAAUGCCCCACCAGCUCUUCAUCGGGGGCAUGUUUGUGGACGCCGAGGGUGCCAAGACCUAUGAGACCAUCAACCCAACAGAUGGAAAUGUCAUCUGCCAGGUGUCCUUGGCCCAGGUCAGCGAUGUUGACAAGGCAGUGGCUGCAGCUAAGGAUGCCUUUGAGAACGGAUUGUGGGGGAAGAUCAGUGCACGGGACCGGGGCCGGCUCCUGUACAGGUUGGCGGACCUCAUGGAACAGCAUCAGGAGGAGCUGGCCACCAUCGAAGCUCUAGAUGCAGGCGCUGUCUACACCCUGGCCCUGAAGACCCAUGUGGGCAUGUCCAUCCAGACCUUCCGCUACUUUGCUGGCUGGUGCGACAAAAUUCAGGGCUCCACCAUCCCCAUCAACCACGCCAGACCAAACCGCAACCUGACCUUGACCAAGAAGGAGCCUAUUGGGGUCUGUGGCAUUGUCAUCCCCUGGAACUACCCAUUGAUGAUGCUCUCCUGGAAGACAGCUGCCUGCCUGGCUGCUGGGAACACAGUGGUGAUCAAGCCUGCCCAGGUGACCCCACUCACAGCCUUGAAGUUUGCAGAGUUGACCUUGAAGGCUGGCAUUCCCAAGGGGGUGGUCAACAUCCUCCCGGGAUCUGGCUCGCUGGUUGGCCAGAGACUUUCAGACCAUCCUGAUGUGCGGAAAAUUGGGUUUACGGGUUCUACAGAGGUGGGGAAACACAUUAUGAAGAGCUGCGCCCUGAGUAACGUGAAGAAGGUGUCCCUGGAGCUGGGAGGGAAGUCGCCCCUCAUCAUCUUUGCUGACUGUGACCUCAGCAAGGCUGUGCAGAUGGGGAUGAGCUCUGUCUUCUUCAACAAAGGGGAAAACUGCAUUGCAGCAGGCCGGCUUUUUGUAGAGGACUCGAUUCAUGACCAGUUUGUGCAGAAGGUGGUAGAAGAGGUGAAGAAGAUGAAAAUUGGCAACCCUCUAGACCGGGACACCAACCAUGGGCCACAGAACCACCAAGCCCACCUACAGAAGCUGGUGGAGUACUGCCAACAUGGUGUGGAGGAGGGGGCCACCCUGGUCUGUGGUGGGCAUCAGGUCCCUCGGCCAGGUUUCUUCUUCGAGCCAACUGUUUUCACAGACGUGGAGGACCACAUGUUCAUAGCCAAGGAAGAGUCCUUUGGGCCCAUCAUGAUCAUCUCUCGGUUUGCUGACGGCGAUGUGGACACUGUGCUGUCUCGGGCCAACGCCACAGAGUUCGGCCUGGCCUCCGGCGUCUUCACCAGAGACCUCAACAGAGCCCUGUACGUCAGCGACAGGCUGGAGGCAGGCACCGUGUUUGUCAACACAUACAACAAGACGGAUGUGGCCGCUCCCUUCGGAGGCUUCAAGCAGUCCGGCUUUGGCAAAGACCUCGGAGAGGUGGCCCUGAACGAGUACCUGCGGGUCAAGACGGUUACUUUUGAGUACUGAAGAAAGGUCUCCUGAGAGAAAGCCCCUUCCCCACGAUGUGUUCUUGCCCCCCACAACCCAGCCUGCCUGCCCAGGGGAGGCCUGGGCUGCCCCCUGAGUCUCGGCCUCUCACCCCUUCCUGUGCAUGUGGCACCUCCAUGUGGAAGCCCUCCCACCUGCACCCGCUGUCUGAUCACAGUGGCCUCUGGCUGAGUGGGAAAGUGGCCCCAGGGUGAAUAAAGAUUCUGACCAGUGGCUGCAGGA